AUGUAUUCGGUUACGAUUGUCACUAAGAUGAUUCUUCUUGCUUUUUUAGAUAAUUCUCAUCAAUCUUUAAAUACUAUUGAUGGUCUUAAAAAUACUUCAAAUGAUAUGUUAUUAUCAUUUUUUGGUUUAUAUGUGACUCCGAUAAUGUAUUCUUUGUUUAACAGUGCUUCAAAGAGUUCUUUAUUUCAGGAUCGAAAUUUAGUUACUGUUGAUGAACUUUUACAUUCUGACCUUGGACUCUCCACUACUAUUGAUUUAUGGGAUCUUAUUCUCAUGUUCUCACAUCUUUUAAAAUAUUAUAAGGUUGAGAUGAGUGUGGGUGAUUCACUUUUGAUGAAUAUUCGUUUAUUUGUAGUGUUUAUAAUUUUUGUACUGGUAACUAUUUUCUUAUUCGGGCUUGUAAUCCCCGCAGUUGAUGGUGACUACAAAGCUGAACAUAAAAUCAAAUCAAACCUCUUCAACCAAACCUUUAACUUCUUCAUCAAAUUGUUACAGCACAUUACCAAAAAAAGUGGUAAUAGUAAUACAGCUGACAGUAAAAAACAGAUGAAAAAUACUUGGGAUAAACAAGAUAAUGUGGAAUAUGUGUUGAAAAGUGUUGAGGAGAUAAAUUCAGUGGACAUGUUUACAAUGGCGAAAUUUACAUUUAUAAUUGGAUUUUUCCUAAUUGACAUACCAUUUCUCAUUUAUCGCUUAUACAUUUUAGUAAAGUAUAACGUCUUCUCUUUACUACUGUAUAAGAAUUUUAUGUUCUUAUUCUUGAGGCCUUAUCGCCUUAAUAUGAGUCAACUUGCUGAACGUGAUACUACUAAAGGUUAUGAACAUCUUUUAUUCACUCAACCAAUUAGUAAUUCCAUCAACACAAUUACACACCACACUUUAUCACACAGUUUCCAGGACGAUGAGGAUACUGAGGAUUUACUCAAGAAAUAUAAUAAACCUGACAAAAAAGUACACAAAUCAGUUUUUACACCUAUUCUAAGUCAUAAAACAAUACAUAAAAGAGAUAAAAUUAAAUCUGAUCCAACUCCUUUCUCUCACACAGAACAAACCAAUAACACAUCAGGUCCAAAUGAAAAAUCUGGGCUUUUCACUAGCAAAUCUAAGCUAUUUACUGGUAAAUCUAAGCUAUUUAGUGGUAAAUCCAGAUUAUUUGCUGGUAAAUCCAGAUUAUUUGCUGGUAAAUCACGUUUAUUCACUGCUAAAUCUAAGUUAUUUGGUGAAGAAAAAUCAUUUAAUUUUAGAGAGAAGGAUAGGUUAAAUAUGAUGAGGAUGAUGAGUAGGACCAAGUUAGUACCCAUAAAAUCAUAUCCUUUUUCAUUAAUUUUACAUCAUUUGCGUAAAUUUCUGUUUCCUCCACGUGAACCUAAAUCCCACUCAGGUGAUGAGUAUGGUUCAAAUUUCCCUCAAUUUAUCGGUGUUAAACACUUUUGGUGUUACAUUGUUGUACUAUUCACAACUAUAUUACCAAGGAUAUUAAUAGUUUUCUUAUAUUCAACGCAGAAGAUUCGUUCCCCAAGAGAAAUCUUACAUAACUUACCCGAAUCCAAUGCGGUUGAAAAGAUUUUAAUACAUUUGUUAAUAGUAUUUCCAAUAUUAACAUCUGUUUUUACAAUUAAAACCUGUGGUAUCACUGAUUCAAUUUUUUUACUCUUGAGAGAAUUCACCGGUUUAUUCACACUGUCAACUUGUGUAUGUUGCCUGAAAUUACUUUUACAAACUUAUAAACUCUAUAAACAUUUAUACAUUUUAUUAAUAUUCCUCACGAAACCUUUGAUCAUACUAAUCGAUUUCGCUAUUAUUCUGAUCAACACUGUCAAUCAUCCUCGUGACUAUAACAGUAAGAACAUGACAUUGUAUAAAUUAUUGAAGAGAUCCAUUGGGGGAAUAAUGUUAAACGGUUUAAUGUGUAAUACUGAUAUAAUCCUAAUGGUAAAAUGGCAUGAUAAGGUAUUUCAUUCUCAAUGGUCUGAAUUUAUUAUCUCAACCUUAUUUAAAGUCCUUUGUUGUUGCAAUUUAACUUCUAAAGUUGGUAUACUAAUGCUAAUUUUAGACAUACUAUUCUCACUAAUUUAUUGUCUAAUGUCACAAUCUGCUCGUGUCCUAAUGUUACGGAAAUAUGAAGUGAAUUAUAUCGUAAUGAGAGUCAUGAACUUGGAGAAAAACGAAUGGGAUGAUUUGGAUAGUCCUGAAAAUUGCAUCACACUUGCAGAAGUUGACAAAUAUAUUAAUACUCAAGGUCUCUUAUCUUCUCCAGGAACUAUCAUGUAUCCAUUUCUCUAA